AUGGCCACUGAUGAGAUCCCGUCACUCGGUGGAAUUCUGCCCGCCGAUAGAACCCCAUCGAAUAAAAAUGCCAAGCACCCGAGCCCUCCAGCUGCAGUCCCGGCAAACACGACCGGCGGCGAGCCCCCCUCAGAAUCCCGCUCAUCACUCCACUACUCCCUUCUCGGGCCCAGCCUGUUGAAGGCCGGGCAGGAAGGCGUCGACCAGACUCGAGUCAGUGAGAUUAUAUACAAUGCGAGCAAAGGGUCCAAGUUUUUUAGCCAUGAGAAGAAACGGGAUGAACAACUCACGGAACGUAUCGAGACCUUGCUGAAGCGGAAGGUGGAGCUGGAGAGCGGCGGGCUGGCGGGCGAGAUCAGGAAGGCGGAUGAACAGAUCGCGCUGUUGGAAAGCUCGAGAGAUCUGUCGCAGAUAAUCGUACACGUUGACUGCGACGCCUUCUACGCCUCGGUAGAAGAGCUGGACCGGCCCGAACUCAAGAACGUGCCCAUGGCCGUCGGCGGCGGUGUACUCUCAACCUGUAACUACACGGCGCGGCAGUUCGGUGUGAGAUCGGGGAUGGCGGGGCAUAUCGCCAAGAAGAUAUGUCCGCAGCUCGUCUUCGUAAAACAUAAUUUCGAAAAGUACGGAGCAAAGGCAGAAGAGAUCCGCGCCAUCCUGAAGCUCUACGACCCACGAUUUGAGAGUGCGAGUAUGGACGAGGCCUAUCUCAACCUUACCCAAGUCUGUCCACCCCACCCCUCAUACACCCCCGAAACCCUGGUAGAACACAUCCGCGCGUCAGUGCUGGAGACGACCAAGAUCAGCAUCAGCGCCGGCAUCGCUCCGAACGCAAAGAUCGCCAAGAUCGCCUCCAACAAGAACAAGCCGAACGGGCAAUUCCGCAUCCCCAACACCCGCGCAGACGUAAUGUCAUUCAUGUCCACGCUCCCAGUGCGCAAAGUCAACGGGGUCGGGCGGGUCUUUGAGCGGGAGCUCGAAGCAUGCGACAUAAAAACCUGCGGCGACAUUUAUACCCACCGCGGACUCCUCCGACCUUUAUUCGGGGACAAAGCGUGCACCUUCCUCCUGAACUGCUAUUGCGGGAUCGGGCGGACGGUGAUCCGCCCCGCGUCGGAGUACGAGCGCAAGAGCGUGGGCACGGAGAGCACGUUCCGCGAUCUUUUUGGCGCGGAAAAGCUGCGCGAGAAGCUGAGACAUACCGCCGAGGAGCUGGAGAAGGAUUUGGUCAGGACUCGGCUCGCUGGGAGGGUGUUGGUCCUCAAGGUGAAGCUCCAUACGUAUGAGGUCUAUACGAGGCAGAGGAACUUGGGAAGGCUGGUGCACGGGAAGGAGGAGCUGUAUAAUCUCGCCCUGCCGCUGCUAACAGGGCUGGAGGCAGAGUUUCCGGGGCUGAAGCUGCGGCUGAUGGGACUGAGAGUCACGGGCCUGGCUAGUAUCAAGGACGGAAAGGGGAAGACGGUGGAUAUGCAGAAGUGGCUCACAAGCAACGCUCCUGCACAACCCCCACACCCCCCACCCUCACCCAAGAAGCGGAAACAAGACUCCUCCACCGCCGACGCUGACGCCGACGAGUGGGAAGUCUGGCCAGAGGAGGAGUUCGAGCGUGCUCAGCAGGCCGAGGAGGAGGAGGGAAUGCAGCUGACGCAGGAGCUCUCCGACGAGCUGGAUGCCGCCUCAGCCACCAACCCCGUCCCCCUCCCCGCCACCCUCCCCUUCCCCGCCCCCGAACUCGACCCCGAGACCGAACCAAUGUCGUGGCAGUGCCCCAUCUGCGCCACCCUCCAGCCCGCGGACAAUACGCUGUUCAACCAGCACGUCGACUUCUGCCUGUCGAAGGAGGCGAUUCGCAGCGCGGUAAAGGAGGCGUCGGCUGCGCAAACUCCAGUGCUGGGUGGAGAUGCACAUUCGAGGAAGAGGCGGAGGUUGGGGUUUGCAACGGGGCAGAAACGGUAG